GGUACUAUGUACGUAUCGUACCGUGAAACGGUACUACCUAACCGGUACGGGUAAAGAGUACAGUACUGUACGGUACGGUACUCGUAAGUACGAAGUACGAGCUGCUCGUCCGCACGCACAGUGCGAUACGGACUACGUACCGGUACGGGCAGAAAACGAUACAAUAAAUUAGAAGCUCCRUGAUGAUCAGAAUGAUCGAAUCCAAUGAGAAUAUUAUUUUUCGAAAAAAUGAAGCAAWUACCUCAACAUUAGACGAGGAGAGUAAACAAACAAAACCUUCGUGGAAAAAUCCUUCGACUAAAGUUUGCUGUAGAGUCGAACACAGAGACAGGAAACAAACAGAUUUCACAGCCAGAGACAGAAGAACGACGUCAUUCGGGACAGCAAACGAUGGUUUGAGCAUCCCGCCGAAGAAAAAUAGAAGCAAUCACGAAAGGUUCUCGGACAGAUCGCAUCACCAUGAACGGAGGCACCACUAAGAAGGGCAAGGAGACAGAAGGUUCUUGGAAACCGGGCCUUGCUGGCUUUUUUGGUGGAGCAGUCAGUACUGUGCUUCUCUUGCCGCUCGACAACAUCAAAGUGAGACUCCAAGUGAACGAAGGUGCAAGCACGAAAGUGAUGCCAACGUCGUCGCCAGUGAGAAGAAUGGAAGUCAAAACUUCCGCAAAAUUAAAGUUCUCAGAAACAAACUCUGGAUCUUCGACCAAAAACCAUCAAAAUUCUCACACGAGAUUAGGUGCGAUACGGAUGUUACGAGGCGUAAUCAAGUACGAAGGUGUGAGRGGGCUUUACCAAGGUUUGGUACCAGCUAUUAUCGGAUCUGCAGUAAGUUGGGGAGGAUUCUUUUUCGUGUAUGAGAAAAUGAAGCACCGCUUGCGAGAAUUCAAAUCAAGGCGCAACGAAGAUGUGACUUGCUACAAGCAUGGAAAUGAUGCUGGCAGAACUAGGAGGGAGCAACUGCCGCAACCUGCAACGCUGAAUUCUUGGGAUAAUUUCUUGUUAGGCACCGCCUCGGGCGUCGUAAUGGUAUUCGUAACGAAUCCUAUAUGGCUGAUCAAGCUACGACUGCAAUUGCAAAUGAAACGCACRUCUGACCAUCUCCAUUUGAAAAACGUAACGCAGUACGAUGGGUUUUUGGACGCUCUGCGGAAGAUUGUCCGGUCCGAUGGCAUUUUGGGUUUGUACAGGGGAACGGGACCGGCACUCAUAUUGACUUCCCAUGGUGGAGUCCAAUUCGUAGUUUACGAGUUCCUCCGCAAGCAUUUCCACUAUGCCAAAGCCCAGAGGUCAACCGAAUCGUCUUCUGUAAUGAAACGCUUUGAGAAUUCUCUGGGAUAUUUGACUAUUGGGGCAAUCUCGAAAAUGUAAGUGCCGAAGGUUAUGAUCCAGGUUCAGCUUCUGUUUACAACUCUCAGUUAUGGGCACUGCAUAAUUUUAUCKCUGAUGAACCUAUGGCCAUCYUUUCUUUGACUACUGAUUAAUAGGGCAGCAAGUACUACCACGUAUCCAAUGCAGGUCGUUAAAUCACGGAUACAACAACCUUCUAGUUCCAUCGAACUUACCAACACCGGAGAUGUAAGAGUUGUGAAACGAAACUAUGCUGGAUUGAUUUCUACGGUACAGAAAAUGUGGAGACAAGAAGGUACCGUUGGCUUUUUUAAAGGGGCAAUUCCCAAUGCGGUGAGGGUAGCACCCAGUGCAGCAGUGACUUUUUUGGUCUACGAAUCAGCGAUGGACUUUCUAGAAAGCUGAUUGUGUCAUUAAAGGACUGAAAUCUCAAAUUCCCAAGGAGUUAUAUUUUCCGCCAAAAAUUCAGACGAUCACCGUCACCACAGUUGCUAAGAAUCAAAGUGCACGUGAUUUUCUGUCUCUUCUUCAAACAACCGAACUUAAUUUUUGUUUUUAUAGAUGCUAUUUCACUGGUAUGUGUUCCGCAAAAUGUGGCGCUGUGCCAUACUUUUUUGCUGGGGGAUACGAUGUUAUCUACCUCUUGUUUUGAUAGUUCACAAGAYGACAGAAAAACUAUCCAUGCAGGACCGUAUGAUAUGUUCUCUCGUGGGUGUUGCAAGUACCGGUACUCAUAACAAUAUUAUGAUGAAUGGUUUGAUCAAUUUUCAAUUCAAUUUGACUACUAGUACAACACAAAGUACUUUACUUCGCUUCGUAAUGGACGGGUUUUUUUUUCAUACACGCCUCCACUGAAUGAUUUUUUGUUUUUUACGUUCCAAUUCUGCAAUUCUGUAUUUGUUUCUUGUUUUUGCGAAGAAUACUUACUACAGGUACAUACUGUAUCCACCAAAAAUGAAUCAAAAAAUCUACCAUGCUCUCCUCGGUUACGCUACGAUUACGUCCGAGUAGCCGUAGCGUAAUCGUAGUGUACCGGUCGGUAGUACUGUAUCCCCAAAAAAUAAUCCUUUCGAUCWCUCUCUUGAAAUCUUCCGCAUGGAGACAAGAACUAUUUCAACUGUACAUACCGGUAUCGAUGAAGUCAUGAAAGCGAUAGAAGACAAAAUAAUGCCAUCGCAAACAAACAACAGCAAAACCGAAAACAAUGUCAACGGAAAAAUUAUCACCAAACGAAAGCGCUGUGGGUAACAAUGGUGACGCCGCAAGAUUGGGCGAAUCUACAAGAUUACUMCAUGAUUCUGUCGAAUCACGGCCAUUGGAUCGCUCAGAAACGAAUGACAACUCGCCAGAUGAAGAUUUCGCAUUAUGGAACGAAAUGGACGCACCAUGGCCUGCCACUUUCGAAAGGGCGAUUUCUCUCCUUGCAUCUCCUGUCAUCAAAGCUGAUAAGGCUAAUGACAUGACAAARAGCCCAAAACCGGGAAACACCCCGAUAGCUAUUAGAAGAAGAAUGCUCGUAAGUCGCUCYAUUCGCUAGUCUCCGCUCCUGUCCUUCUUACAAUAGCUGGAUUUCGAAAGCUCACCCAUGAAUUUGAUUCCUUUUCAACACCGAGAAGAAACGAUCGAAUAGUGCAAAUACACCAGAAUUCAGUGGUUUAGUCCCACCGCGGUCGAGACUGUCUUUUAGGGGAGAAAAGAUGUCUGGAGGUAUGGACUUUCAAAMAACAAAAGCUCAUCUUAAAGCGCAAGCUAAAUUUGUUCCAUUAGCAAAGACACAAAAAAACAUGGAGAUAAAGUCCAAAGAAGCAGCCGAGUACCGAAAGAGAAUACUCGCGACGCAGAAAGGAACAAAACGUAAUAAACCCUCGUCAGAAGAAAAGACAACAUUUUUGCAAUGCGUCUUUAAUUUGGCCAAUAUUCUCAUGGGAGUUGGUCUCCUUGGCUUGCCAUAUGCGUUCUCAAAGGCUGGUUACUUGGGUGGCACCUUCGCAAUCGUUAGUUUUGCCGUUGUCUGCUGGAAGACUUCGAUUUUGAUAGGGAGAGAGCUCAAUGGUGACCCGCGUCCUUUGGCAAUUUUCGCAGCGGGAAUUUCUCCUGGGUCCGAUCCAGUGGUACGGAUGCGAAARCAAAUUCGCUCGUUCCCAGAUAUCGCACGGGAAGCAUUUGGUGAUGCAGGUGCUAUUAUUCUUGGGGUUGUUUUAUACUUUGAACUCUUUUCCUGCCUAUCUAUUUUCAUCGUGUCGAUUGGAGACCAUAUGAACGAGCUAUUCCCAACCGUUCCCGUAACAACACACAUGCUAGGCUUUACCGUUUUUUCUGCGUUGCCUGUGAUAGGUAAGCCAUGUAAAAGUCGACGUCGGAAAAACAGUGAAAUACUUUUUACUAAUUCCUGACCACAUCAUUAUCCUGCCAUUUACUUGACCUCAAGUCUUUCGAACCGCUGGCCUUUUGAGCUAUCUCAGUUUAGUUGGGACUAUUGCUACAAUCUUUGUGGUUCUARCGGUAGUUCUUUCCUUCAUUCAAGAAGGUGACAUCACAGAGCAGCUCGCAUUGAGUUUCGAUUCAGAGUCUGUUCAAAGUGCAGAAACUUAUCACUCAAGUUGGAAUAYUAGCGGGUUARCUGUAGCCUUUGGUCUUGUGGCAUUUUGCUUCUCGGGUCAUGCAAUUGUCCCAUCGAUAUAUGCUUCUAUGGAGCAUCCCCACCAAUUUGAACRGGUUGUGGAUGUCAGCUUUAUGAUUGUUGUAGCUGCCUGCAUGGCCAUUGGUCUGAGUGGAUACACAAUGUUUGGCGACUUUGUUCUGGAUCAAAUCACACUGUCAUUGACUCAGAACUCGUCGGCAGUCCUUCUCAUGAAGAUUCUGACUUGGCUGAUGAUUUUGACUGCCUUUUCAAAACUUACACUUACUAUGUUUCCCUUGGCAAUGGGUUUUGAGGAAAUCAUCGCCCCUUACAUCUCAAGCGAUUCAUCUAUGUUGGURGUURGUGCUUUGAUAAAAGUUGUUUUGCUCUUCGGUGCCUUGGCUGUGGCUAUCUACGUUCCUUCUUUCAGCGCUUUAUGCUCKAUGGUUGGGAUGGUCUGCACGAUGGGAGUCUCAGUUAUUUUUCCAGCCGGAGCUUACCUAAAGCUAUUCUGGCCAAAACUAUCGAUGAUGGAACGAUAUUUAUAUUCAUUUUUUGUUAUGAUUGGUAUUGUUAUGGCUGUGGUUGGUACAGCUAUUGAAAUGUCGUAAAUUAUUAAGKUAUUUUUAUAGCUUGACAACAUCAAACACCAGUCAAUAUUAAAACUUAAUCGAGCCAGAAACCUUUCUCACUCAGGAGUCUACAGGUUCGUAGCGUUAAUUAAAUUUAAUUAUGAGA